AGGACAUGUCUGUAUACCUCGCCAGACCUCAUAUAACUGCCACUUAUUGCCGAAUUGUUGGCAUAUUGAGGAACUGACUCGAGUCAGAAUUCAUCGACGACUCGGAGAUCCGCAUCUGCUAAUCGUCGGAGCCGUAUAUAUAUAACUUGAACACAAUUAUCAGGAUAUCGGGACGUUCGUACUCCCCUAUCUCUCCCUGCGUUAAGUAUUGUUUGCGGUUGAUGAAAUGACGAUCGACGGUCUUCCCGCAAGUAAAGUGGACACCUACGAUCCAUCAUCCAAGCCACCAGCAUUCGGACAUGAUCUCAAGAAGUAUUGGGCUUUCGAUGAAAACUAUGUUAAUCUGAAUAACGGUUCAUAUGGGUCGUGUCCUCUACCAGUGCUCAAGGAUGUACAGAAACUACAGCUAUUGGCAGAACAGAACCCAGAUAAGUUUCAUAGAUACACCUACCUCCCUCUGCUGGAAGAAUCGAGGAAGCUUGUAGUGGACCUUAUCGGCGCAGAACAUGAUGAAAUAGUCCUGGUUCCCAAUGCUACUCAUGGCAUCAAUACCGUACUGAGGUCCUUUGAAUGGAGGGAAGGGGAUGUUCUAAUCGGGGCUUCCACUACAUAUGGCGCUGUCGAGCGCACUAUCAGAUACUUGAGUGACCGCUCCGAAGCACCACGACCCUCCGUAUACAUGGUUGGAUAUAACUUCCCUCUCAAACACUCCGAGAUCAUCGACAUUUUCCGCACCCGGAUUCGCGAGCUCAAACAAAAGCAUGUCACUUCAACUUUUACCAACGUUCCAUCGGAUUUCGUGUUGCCAGAUGGAGUCAAGUCCGACAACACAGGAAACCGGUUCGUUGCUGUGAUCGAUAGCAUCACUUCGAACCCCGGCGUACGCUUACCUUGGCAAGAGAUGGUACGCAUUUGCAAAGAGGAGGGCAUUUGGAGUGUAAUCGAUGCUGCUCAUAGUAUUGGACAAGAGGUGAAUGUCGAUCUCGGCAAAUUCAAACCCGACUUCUGGGUCUCCAAUUGUCACAAGUGGCUUUAUGUCAAGCGUGGAUGUGCUUUGCUAUAUGUGCCCAAACGUAACCAGCAUAUCAUCAAAUCUUCGAUUCCUACCUCUCAUGACUAUCUCAGUCCCUCGGAUCCAACAUAUGAAGAUAAAGGUACCAACUUUGUCGAUCAACAUGGCUGGACGGGAACAAUGGACCUCACACCAUACUUGAGUGUCAAGUCAGCCUUGGAAUUUCGGAACUGGCUCGGCGGAGAGGAAUCUAUCAACUCGUACUGUCAUGACCUCGCUAUGAAGGGCGGCAAACGAUUAGCCGAGGUACUCGGUACAAAGACUAUGGAUGAGUCUGGUGAGCUUACGCUGAGUAUGACAAAUGUGCAACUUCCACUUCCGGUUGAGGAACCGGGCUCGGGAUCAGUCUACUCACGAGAAACCCUGAUCAAGAUCAAUGAGUUCUUGAAAGACAAGUUACUGAACGAGAAGAACGCUUAUGUUGCGCAUUUCUUCCAUGCUGGAGCUUGGUGGUGCCGAGCAAGUGCUCAGGUUUGGAAUGAGAUAUCCGACUUUGAGUUUAUAGGCCAGGCAUUGAAGGAUGUAUGUCAAGAGAUCAAAGCUGCCUUCUUUAAUGAUCUCGGAGAAUUGCCUGCCCAACGGUGAUUCUCUGUUAUUCGUAUUCAGCGUAAUGCAUAGGAUCAAUUUUAGCAGAGAACAUCUGCAGAACCUCUGUCCAGUU